CGAUUAGCUAAACAAAUGAUAACAUGUCGAUCAUGAUCUAACUAAUAUAAUUCAUCCUCUAAUUAUAAGUCAAUAAUAUCAAAUCUAAUUCCAUUAACAAAAUUAUCAAAAAUGAAGAGGCAAAAUGUUAUGAUUCUUGUUUUCCAAAUCCUCCUCCUUACACUCACCCAAAUCGCGUCGGCCGAAACCAUAGAACCUCAACUUGAUCUAACAGGAGGACAAUGCAGAGAAAGUGAAAUCAUAAACACCACCAGCACAUACUACACCAACAUCCUCACCGUUUUAUCGAACCUCCGAUCAUCCUCCUCCGCCGAACACUUCCUCAACACCUCGGUCGGUCUCGGCUCUAACCGAGUCAACGGCUACUACGUAUGCCGACCCGACGUCUCUCUCGACACCUGCGAGGCCUGUGUCAACGCCACCAUCACCACCAUAGACGAAUUCUGCUUCGACAGGAAGGAGGCCACCAUAUGGUACGACGAAUGUAUGAUUCGAUACACCAACAACUCCGUCUCCGCCACCGAGGGAAACGGAACUGACCCCUGGCAUUUCAACUACAGCACUUUUAAUGUCUCCGCCACCGAUGGUUUCCCCGCCCUGGUGAACACCACCAUGCGGGGGUUGAUUUCCGAGGCGGUUUCGCCGGAUAACGUACAUAAGUUUUUCGCUCAUGGGAAGGAGAACUUCACUUCGUUCGAAGGGUUUUUCGGGAUGGUGUUGUGUAGGCCUGAUAUGACGGUCGAGGCUUGUGAAAGUUGCUUGUUGACAGCGUUGGGUAGGAUACCUAGUUGUUGUGUCGAUAGUUUGUCGACAUGGACUACGAUUAUGUUGCCUAAUUGUCAGUUGAGGUAUGAUACUGCGCAGUUUAUUUUUGAUGAUUUGCCGCUGUUGUCGCCGUCGUCAACACUGCCUACUCCGGCCCCUUCUCCUUAAUUAGCGUCCUUUGGCUACUCUAGCUACUUGUUUUGUUGUACGUUACAUCCAGUUUGUCGAUUUGUUUUUCGCCUCUUAGAACGAAAGAGACAAAAAAAAAUUGUUUAUUUAGUGUGAUGAAUUUGAAAUCUGAGUUAUAUUAUGAUGAUGAUUGAUAUGAUGGAGCUUCACACUAAAACCAAUUGGCAAUAGUAAGAGUAGUCCCACAAGCUAAAAAAUGUGAUAUUUACUCUCCUCUUUCUCCAAUGUGGGACAAUUCAUAUGUUGACAAUAGAAGUUUCAACAACUCGGUUAUUCUUGAUGUAGUUUUAGAGAGAGAUACAAAUUUAUGUCUCACAUAAUAGAUCUUAAACUUAGAGUUUAAGUGAGAGAUCGAGAGUGCAAGUUAGGUGAAGCUUAAUUACAUAGUAGAUUAAAAUCUUGUAAUCUCUUUGUAAUUCACAAUCAUCAUAUUACUUCUAGUGGAUUGGUCGGUUUUUCUA